AUGCCCUCCCGCCACCUCCAGGCCCAGCCACCAACCAUCCCCCCUCCCCCUCCUGCCACCCUCCACGCCGCCAGCAACCACCGCCACCUCCUCCUCGCGGCCACCGCCGCGGCCGCCACAGCAGUAGUACUCCUCCUCCUCCUCUUAUUCACCGUCCUCCUCGCGCUCCACCUCCGCCGCCGCCGCCGCCGCCCCACGCUGCCCUUCUCCCCGCCCGCGCGCCCGCUGAGCCGCUACUCCCGCCGCGCGCUGCGCCGCGCCACCGGCGGCUUCCACCCGUCCCGCCUCCUCGGCCGCGGCGCCGCCUCGCCGGUCUACCUCGCCACCUUCCCCGACGCCUCCCUCGCCGCCGUCAAGACCUGCUCCUCGCCGCACGAGCUCCACGUGCUCGCCUCCCUCCCGCCCGACUCCCCGCGCCUCGUCUCCCUCCUCGGGUACGCCGGCUCCGGCGCCGACGGCCGGCCCCUGCUCCUCGUCUUCGAGUACCUGCCGCAGGGGUCCCUCCAGGCCGCGCUCUUCGGGGACGACCGCUGCCUCGACUGGGCGCAGCGGCGAGGAGUCGUCCGCGACGUGGCGCGCGCACUGGCCUUCCUCCACGCCGAGUGCCAGCCGCCGGUCGUGCACGGGGACCUCAAGCCCAGCAACGUCCUCCUCGACGCCGACUUCCGCGCCAAGGUCGCCGACUUUGGCCUCGCGCGCUUCAAGACUCCCGAUGCCGUCGUCGACACUGGACCCGUCGCCGGCGGGGACGACUUCAUGAGCCAAGAACUCGGCGAGGCCUGCGACCUCGACCUCUCCACCGCUGCCUCCGCCAAGGAUGACCCCGGUCCGCCGGCUAGAGCGCCGGGAAAUGAGUGGUGGAUGAAGGUGAAGCAGGACGACAGCGACGAGCUCGACCCACGGGACUACGUGGCCGAGUGGAUCGGCAGCCAAAUCUGCCCGGAGAGGAACCCAGAUUGGGCCGACGACGGCGACCUCAAGAACUCACCCUCCGUCGCCGACGAGGACAAUAAGAACGCGGGCAAUGCCGACAGCAGCGCCAGCAAAGGAGCCGCGGGCGACAAGAAGGAGGCGACCCAGAUGCGGGAGUGGUGGAAGGAAGAGUUCUUCGAGGAGAUGAGCAAGAAAGCCGGCGGCACCGUCGACAAGCCGCGCCGGGGCGGCGCCGGCAAGCCGUGGCUGCGGUCGAGCAGCGUGAACACCGGCAAUGCCAACGGGGACGGCAACGCCAAACGGAGCGCUCUGGAGGACAUGAGCUUCCGGAGGAGCCGGAAGAGGAGCCGGCGGCACGGCCAGUCCGCCGGCAGCGGCGACGUGCACCACAGCGGCGACCUGUUCAGCCGGGAGCUGAGCACGACGACGAGCAUGCGCGGCACGGUGUGCUACGUGGCGCCGGAGGGCGACCCGCUGGAGAAGGCCGACGUGUACAGCUUCGGCGUGCUGGUGCUGGUGAUCCUGUCGGGCCGGCGGCCGCUCCACAUCCUCUCGUCGCCGAUGAAGCUGGAGAAGGCCAACCUGGUGAGCUGGUGCCGGCAGCUCGCGCGCGCGGGCAACGUGCUCGAGCUCAUGGACGAGCGGCUGGAGGGCGCCUACGACAGGGGCCAGGCCACGCUCUGCGCGCAGCUCGCGCUCAUGUGCCUGCAGCGCCAGCCGGAGCACCGCCCGGACAGCACGGACAUUGUCAAGAUCCUCGCCGGGGAGAUGGAGCUGCCGCCGGCGCCCGUGGAGUUCUCGCCGUCGCCCCAACUCCGGCGGCCGUUCCCGCGGUCGUCGCACCGGGCGCAGCAGGACGCCACCGGGUGA